AUGGCGUCUUCAAUCGCGACUUCCUCCCUGAGAGUACUCCCUCGCAGCAUCCUGCCUCGUUCGACAACCGUUGUUCGUCCUAUUGUAUCGUCCUUGUACCAGCAGAGGACUGCGUUCACCACCAGUGCACCCAAGAUGGCAGCCAAAAUCACAGGAAUCCAGAGUGGCCCCGUGCUCUCUGAGCUCACACAAGACCUCGUCCCUAAGCUGCCCUCCCACUCGCCAAUGCUCUUCGCCCAGAAGAAAGCAAAGAAAUUGAGCUUCGAAGAGAUCGCCAAAGCUCUCGGACGAGACGAAGUCGCCGUUGCAGCGCUCUUCUACGGGCAAGCCACCGCGAGCGAAGAGGAUGUAAAGAACUUGAGCAAGCUGCUCGAUAUCCCCGAAGCCAACCUCUUCGCGACCGAGAUGACGGCUGCUCCUGAUCGAGGACAUAUGAUCGAGAUGCCGCCGAAAGAACCGUUAAUCUACCGUCUUUUUGAGAUUGUGCAGAACUACGGGUAUGCAUAUAAGGCGGUCUUGAACGAGAAGUUUGGCGAUGGGAUCAUGAGUGCGAUUUCGUUCUCUACGCAUGUGGAUAAGGAGGUCGAUGACAAGGGCGAAUGGGUGAAGAUUACCCUUCGAGGGAAGUGGUUGCCGUACUCGCGGUUUUAG